AUGGACUCCUCCAAGCGUAUUUUGGGAGAGACCAAGACACCACGUAAAGAAACAACAUGUACAGAUAUUAAACGUCUUGCCAAAUUCUUUGCAUCUGAUCGUCCACCACGUAAACGUUUACGUACAUUAUUAGAUUAUAUUAAACAUCCACCUGGUACUGAGACGACAUUAAAUACUACGGGCAACAUUGCAGUUGCCAUGCAGUCUUUAUUAUCUGGUACAACUUCCUCUUCUUCUUCUGCUGCUUCUUCUUCUACUUCUACAUCAUCUGCAUUCAAGGAUUUCAAUCAUCUUAAUGGUGGAACUCAUGCUCAAGCUGAACAUGCUGCAACAAUUAUUGAAUUUUGGGCUGAUGAGGCAAAUAGUGCACUUGUCUUUAGUGUCGUGAAUGAUUGUGUCACGGAGUUAGAGACAUUAUAUGCACCUCAUGAAACAGCGUUCCGUAAACAACGUCGAAAACCAUUGGAAGCAGAAGAUUGGAGUGAGAUUUUUGAAGGCUUGGAAGUUCUAUUACGUCAUAAUGUCAUGCGAUUACGUGAUGGAUGGAAUAAUAAAGGAUUGACCAUCCUAUUUGCGAAAUUACUUAAAAAAGAUAAUCAUGCAAUGAUUAAGAAGUAUGCAUUUCGAUGUCUUGCAUUAUAUACGGACGCAACACGGAAUUUACAACAAUUAGCAGCCAUGCCAGUUACAAGUACAUCGAGUUUUCAAGUCUCGAGAGCUGGAAGUAUUCGUCUCAUGAGUGAUGAUAUUGAUAUUGGAAUUCAUGAAGAUAUGAUGAAAAAAGAUGAGAUGGGGAAAAGUAAUGCCACGUUACUUCAUGCUAUGCCGGAUCGAAAAACUAUUCAUCUUGAAUUAUUGCGGGAAAGUGUAGACUUUUCACCAUAUGGAGGAGGAAGUAUUAUGCUACCGGACAAGUUUUUGAAUGAAGGUGUUCAUGUGGAAGGAUGGAUGCGACCGAUGCCGACACAAGCAGAGGAACCAGUGGAUAUGCUAAAGUUUUUGAUGGAUUUAAGCUUAGAAAGAGAUGAUUCGUAUGGAAAAAAUGCAACACCUUUAUUGAUGACGGGCAAAAGUACCGGUGGAAAUAGUGAUCGAUUCAUUUUCUGGGCAGAACUUAUUAUGAAGUUUUAUAUGCCAUUGUUGUACCCAAAGGCAGUUUUCAGCGAGUUGUUGCACGAUGGGUUUACAAACUGCGGUCGAGGGAAGAAUACAUGGAAGUCCUUUGGUCACGGCUUCUACUCGGGCAUUUGUACUGGAACACAACAUGUUCCAUCGGGUAUGAAAGUCCAAAUAAACGAGGUCUCGAGGGCCAUGAUCUCCCACGUGUCUCAACUUUUUCAUCCAUCCGUUCAGCUAGAAGAUUCCAAGAUUUUAUUGCAUUGUAUUGAGCUGCUGGAACUCGUUUCCCAGCGGCGACUUGAUGACUACACGUCCACCUACCUGCGCAAAUUCGUGUUAUCUACGGUUGAUAAUUGUAUAAUGCUACGUGAACCAGGCAACCGUCCGGUGCUCACUGCAAUGCUGUCAAUUGUUUUGCAUGUUUGGAUGCACUCAGCAAUAGUCACGAAGACUAUAGGUGCCCAGGUCUGGAUGGAGUUGACCAUAGCUAUUCGGCGGUGGAUUGGAAAUCCUGCGGACCUGAAGGUUGUAGGGGCUGAAAUGAUUAAUUGUUGGAAGCGUGAGCUUAGGUUUGCGAGUUGUUUGCUCAUGUAUGUCAUGGACAAAGGGUACUCGUACCUAAAAGUGACGCCGGAAGGAGCCUUGCUUUUGUCUCAGCAUGAAGCAGGAGGGAAGAGCGAUAAGAUAUUAGGAAGCGGAAAAUCGUUACGGGAGCUGAAGCAGGGAUAUCUUCAGUCAUCAGCAAACUUUCUUAUGAUGACAGUAGUUGAUGUAUCCGGCGCAACGUUGCUGCUGGACCGUGUGUUACAUCUUAUUCCGCCUCCAACAGUGUCGGCACUGACGCCCUCGAUGCAUUUGAAUUUAACCGAGGGUAUGCUACAGCUUGUGGAACUUUGGAUCGAAUCAGCUAUAGGAGCACAACGUGCUCAACCUUCGGACCUGCAGCAAAUUAGUCCAUCUACGGUUUUCGCACUAUUCGGCGAGUGGUUCUUGCCUGCGUGCGAACUGGAUGCUGUAGAGUUUCAGAACUCUCGCUGCAUUGCAAUUGUAGCACUGUGCAAGCUUUGCUCAGUGCGCUGCGUCAACAUGCUCACACGCAGUCAUCUUACAGUUGUCGCACGUGUUCUGUUCAAGGGGAUUACAUCUUCGUCUGGAGUGGUUGUAUCUACUGUGCUGCAAAAGUCGUCAGUUUUGUUUUCUAUGAAUCUUGAAGGUCUCAACAUUCUUGUGCCCGCAUAUUUGUACGCGGUUGAUGAAAUUAUAAUUGGCAACAUCUGGAAUCGAGCGACAAAGUCAAAUGUAAAGUCAUCGGAAUGGAACAAUGAGCUUAAUGCGGCGCUUGACGUGGUGUUUGCCAUUGUGGGAUUGCCCAAGAGAUUUCCAAAUCAAGAUUAUGUACGAUGGAAACACAAAAUUCAAGGCGUUUGCAGCGUUGGUGAGCUUAGUUUGAUGCAAAAUAUAAUGGAGGAGAUUCCAGACACGUUGGACGAUUUCCACGUGAUCGUGGGCCGCAUUCUUUCAUACAAGACGGGAGAACAUGUUGUGGACCCGAUUCAUCUUUCGGGGUGGGUUGUUCAUCUUGUGGAGGUAUGCCAAAAUGUUGAUUUCUCUAUUUCUACAACCGCGCUCACUAUUCUGCAAGACAUGUCGGAUUAUCACGAGGAGAUCAACGGUUUUGAUCCAUCUCUGGUGGCACGAAUUGUUAUGACGCUGGCAGUUUUUGCGCAGCAACAGGUCGAAGAGGCGUCAAUUGAAGUUCAAUCAGCAAUGGAGCGCAUAGCUAGUGCUGUGCGCCGGGGAAGCGACAAUCCUAGGGCUAGCCGAGUGGACAGCUCAAGUUCUGGUAAUCCUGGGGAAGCUACGGACGCGUUCAGCAAGCUGAAAAGUAAGCUGAAGUCUGGUGUUCAAAAUGCUCCUUCAUCUACGCCUUCCCCUACAACGAUUAGCCCUGCCACUGCUCGAUCAGCUUCGUUGGCUGCCCAACGAGAGCAGGACAUCCCGGCUCUUCGUCUGAUUGUACAGAAAACCAGUGCAAUAUUUGAGUGUCUUCGUUUCUGGAUCAUGCAUCGAACCGAGGUGCUUCAAGAUACGGACGUGAAAAAGCUGAUUUUUGGUGCGAUCGAAGCAGCUUUAGUAGGUACACUGCCAGAUGGUGAAUGGCAGCGCGAGGUUGAGCGCGCGCGUACACUUGAGAGGCGUAUGUCGAUGCCUUUGUUGUUUUUAGGUUUGCAGAUGCGCGCGUCGCUUGACAACGAGCCGGGUCAUGCAUGGUUGAAGUGCUUUGAAGAGACUGCAGUAGCUGCAGAGGGGCUACUGAUGCACUUGCUUCACCAUAUCAAUGGGUUUCCGUCUCCAGCAGGCGUUGAUCAGAUGAUGUCUGAUUGCUCUGAGCUUUCUGAGCUGGAUGCUUUGCGUGAAAUCGGCGAUGAUGAACCGCGACCUGGCGCCAUGAGCUUUGUGUUCAUGGACUCAAUCGUGUUUAGUGUUGUUGGUAGUCUUGAUUCGCCAUGCGCGCGAUUUGUUGUACGAGACAUGACCGGUCUAUUCACGUGGGAGAUUACACCAGCCGUUAUGGCUCGCGGUGCCCAUUCGUCGACGGGAUGGAUUGGAGGAGAUGUAGCUGCAGCUAGCACUGCGAACAGCAAAGGCGCACCUGUAGAAAGAGAGCUGACGCUAGAGACGGAUGUAUUAGGCACGAAAUCAAUGACGCUGCACAGACCUACUGGUGCUGUGCAGGUGGAAUUCAAGCGCACCGAUGCCGUCGGCGGGACAUGCAAAACAUGUGGUGGAGAAAAAGUUGUGACGAAGCCUGUUGUAUCUGACGCGAAGAAUGUGCCUAAUGCUAUCAAGCUCGAGGCCCGCCAAGUCUCUUGGGAGCAUGAACGAGAUGUUCUUUCCAACAAUGUAUGUCCAGUCAAAAGCAGUUAUGUAUUUCAUGACGAUGGACACACACCCGCAGGUUUCAAAGAAAAUGGCGAUGCAAAGAAAAAAGAUAAGUCACGGUCAUCUGAAAUCGAUAAAAUGCCGGUAGGGGGAAACAAGGACGAUCGACAGGAGCGACUUGAGCGCAUCGCAAAGCAGCACGAAGACCGGAAUAAGUUGGGUAGUGCUGUACAGCCUGUACCUGAACCCCAAAAGAUAAUGUGUCAUUGCCCGCCACAAACUGAGUCGAAGUUUAAGCGCCGCACCACAACUACUAUCUGUGGCCUCUUUGACAUGUCUAUCAAUGAGCCAAACAUUGGCAGUUUGGACGAUGAACGGUGUCUAUUGGAUCUUGUUUUGGACAGCAUUCCAAUGAUAUUUCGCGAUUGUGGCGGUGACACGACGGACAAGACUCUACUAGGCGGAAGGUAUUCGAUGAUGCGGUACAACUUGAUGGACUUGUCACCUUCUUCAAGCCCUCUUCUGAUGGACUCAGCGGAAGCCCCUGGAUUCUCGUUCUUACAACGGCUAAUUCAUGAUGAAGAGUGCUACUCACAGUUGAAGCAUUUCUUGACAAAAGACGAUAACGCUGAAGGAAAAGAGCUUGUGGACUUUUGCGAUGCAGUUAAGAAAUACGAGCGCUCAUCGGUUCCAACGGAUCGCCUGGGUCAAGCUUGUGUCAUCUAUUGGGAAUUUAUGACAGUUGAUGGGGGCAAAAAAAUUGUUUUUCCUACCGCUGUAGCAACAGACAUUCAAGCCCAGAUUCACCAGGCCCAAACAGCCCUCAGAGCAGCGUCAACAACACCUGCGGAAGACUCGUCCGAGCCCACAUUCUUCCUCCCUGGUUCGCUCUUUGAGCGCGCGAUGAUAUUUGUUGAGAAUGAAGGCUUUAACAAGUCGGGGUUGCUAGAUAAGUAUGUGGCAGCACUGGACCAACCGCCUCCAGCUUCAGUGACAGCAGGUAGCGGUAAAAGCUCCAGCACACCAUCCAUCCCACCCCAACUUGCUCUUUUUGACGCGUUCUCGAUAACGGAAGUAAACGCCCGAGUAUCCCAUUUGGCCUUACAGAAGCGCAACGCAGACGAGCAAUUGGGACGAAUGACGAGGCCGGGCAAGACAGCAGCCGAGCGCUUGCUUACAACCUCAAAUGGCAGCCUGAAAGACAGUCGUGUGAGCGCGUUAGAUAUUUGCCGGCUAUUCCUGUCGCAAGCAGGACUGUUGCCAUCCCCUGAUGGCGAAUCGAAAAAGAAAUCGACGCUUAGGUUGCUUGAACAUGGACCAAAGCUUGAGCGGUCGUUAAAGCACUUGGACAAGAGCCCAACACGUGAGACAAUGAAGCUAGGCGUCAUUUAUGUGGGUAAACGCCAACAAACUCAACAGGAAAUUCUUCAUAACGAGAAGGGUAGUCGCGCCUACGAGCUGUUCUUGUCGCAACUGGGCUGGAAGGUGGAUAUGCAAACUCACCGUGGUUUUGUGGGUGGUCUCGAUACAAACCCGAAAAGCUUGUCGAACGGAAAAACAACGCUGUAUUAUGCAAGCUCUCACAGUGAAGUGGUUUAUCACGUAGUUACAAUGAUGCCUACAAAGCCGUCAGACCCACAGCAAAUUGACAAGAAACGACAUGUGGGUAAUGAUUAUGUGCAUAUUGUCUGGAACGACAACGCAAGCCAGAGCUAUGAUCCAUCAACCAUCACAAGCCACUUCAACGACGUGCAGAUUGUGAUCUAUCCCCUCCGAAAGGCGCAACGUGGCUUAUUCUUGAUCAAGAUACACAUCAAGGAUAAGGUGCCUCCUUUUGGACCACUGCAAUCUGGCAUGGUGAUUCAUCAGGCCGAUCUCGCGCGGCUUGUGCGCCAGACGGCCAUGAACGCAAACCGAGUGUGUCGCUCUCAGACAACAUUGUAUGUACGACCAUACCCAACGCGAAAAAAGCUGGUGGAUGAAAUUGUCGAACGUGACACUGUUUUGAACAUGGUAGACGAAACGGUGGAUCCUCGAAAUACAGUCAUGUCAAGUGAUUUGACGACAAGGACAGCUAAUAAUAGGAGCGAUACGAUGACGGUCACGCAUUCAAAUGAUAAAAGGACGGAAGGCUCUACGAUAAAAACGAUUUGGAACGAGAAAGGAGAAGAAAGUGAUAGGAACUAUAAUGAGAACGUCGAGUUAAGGACAAUGAAAGAGUCUAGAAAUCAGGACGAGAUACCUAGAACAAAGUCGAGUGGGGUGGCACCGGAAGCUUUGGUGACGAAGAGCUCGACGAAGAAAACAGUAGCAACCAAUGACGGAACAGAAGCAGAAGCAAGAGUUAAUGGUGAAGUAUCAAACGUGGCACCGACGAUAGCACCACUAUUCGUACGAUCAAGUCCGACAAUAUCGAUCUCAGCACCGACUCCGUCACCACUGAUAUCAUUACCAACUCAGCCACCACCGACCUCAGCACCGACUGAGACCCCAGUGGAGUUUUCAAAAUCGAGUGACAUCAAAAUGACGGGCUUAGCUACGACACAAGCAGUAGAUGAUGCAUAUUCACAACAGCCUGGUAAGCCAAUGCCUACAGCACAGACUAGUUCUGGUUUACCAGAUAAUGACUUUAUCAAUCCUGAGACUGACAUGUCGGGAUCGAUCUCUGCAGGUGCAGUGGUUAUUCCCUCAGAGAAGGGUAACGCUUUGCCACUUACCAUAACGGCCACUCAAGCAGUACAAACAGGCAGUGCCGAUUUACCGUUAGUUGCCUCCUCUAUUGUUAAGACCGACGAGCCAACCAUAUCACCAGCUUCCUUCGACUCAAAAAGCAGCAAUGACACAGAGACGUUAUCUUCCGCAAGCGGGAGUGGAAGUACUAUUAAGGCUACUAUUCCAGGACAGGUUCGCGUAAGCCCAAGUGUUGACGUAAGUUUGAAGGAGCCUUUAAAAGUUGCCGAUACGAAAAACUCGAGUUUAUUUCAUUCUGAAGGCGUGACGAUGGAAAAGGAAGCAAGCAACAACAAAUAUUUUAGCACAGACUGUUCCAAAGACGGCUCAAGGGAAAACUCUAGUAGUGAUAUAACGCAGAGGAACGAUGGCGUCAACAGCAAUCUUGGAGGUCUUCUUGUUCGUCCUGGUGGUGUGUCAGACGUGAAUACAAGCUCCGCCAGUUAUUACAGCUUAGGCACAGGAUCGAUCUUUGCUAUUAUUGGUGUCGUUGCGGGUAUAUUGGGACUCCUGAUGGUGUUUGUCGCGUCAAGCCGGAAAAAGUCUCGUGUUGAAGAUGAUGAGAGUCGUCUUUCGUUAGGUAACAAUAUGGAAAUGAACUCGGUUGCUCGGCUCUCUCCGACCUUCAUGGAGGACAAUAUGACUUCGGAGAAUGGCUGCAACGGCACCGCUUUUAUGGCUGCAGUGCCCUCGUAUCAGCACGACGGUACGUUUUCAGCAAGGACCGAUACGAUGGACCGCGGUCAUACGAUGGCAGCCAAUCAUUCUCGUGUCAUUAGCGCUCGAAGCUGUGUGCCAUCCACGCGUAGCUUCAACGGGGACAUAGACACUUUAAACGUGCGAAUGUCUGCGCUCUACUCAUCAGGAUCAUCCAUGACAAGUAGCAGUGAAGUUAGCGGUUCAUGGAGCUCCGUGCUUGUUUCGGAUACAGAGCGCUAUACUUCGCGUAAUACGCGCGACACGUCGCUCAGUGCGUGGUCUGCUACCAACUCAUCACCCUUUGGGAGCACUGCUGCGAGUGGCACGUCUGGAAAGUUUGGUAGGACUCGACCGUCUACCACUGAUUGA